AUGGCUCACAGCUGCGCUGCCCGCCUCUCAAGCACUGCAUCCAUAGUGGUUCCGGAAUUCCGGGCAGAAAGUAGGGUUCCAAGUUCGGAUGAGCGGCGCUGCCCCCACUUGCGACUCGCAGUUUCGACGUCGCAGACCCACAUUUUCAUCUCUUGCCACAUCCGGGUCAGCAUCUAUGUGCUGCAUAUUCGAUCUAUUAUCGACUUAAAAGAUGGCGCUGGCGCCUACGUAAUCUCAGAGUCCUUCUGCAUCGGGAUUUGUUUGCUUGUUCUUCAUUACUCAAUUACACUAGACCACCAUGACGUCUCGCUCAUUGCUUAUAACCGGGGUCUCUGGAUACAUUGGCGGGACAAUCCUCUCCUCCUCCCUAAAGCCCAAGAGCAAUGGAGCAAACAGCUGGAAAUCGCCGCACUGGUGCGAAGCGAGGCCCAAGCCAGCAUGGUCCAGAGGCUGGGCGUCAAGCCGGUGAUGUUCUCAAGCUUCGAUGAGACAGAUUUGUUGGAGAAGAUCGCGCAGGGCUUUGACGUUGUCGUCCACGCCGGCGCAGGCUGGCACACCCCGUCCGCCAAAGCCCUAAUCACCGGCCAAGGCACCCGAAAGACCAACACCAACCGACCGCGGCCAAGAGCUUAG